AAGAAAUUUUAUGAAAGGCAUGAUAAAUGAAAUCUUGUUUAUUGUAUAUUCUGAAAUCUGCGGGUUUGGAUGGACGUGUAUAGUCUGCCAGUUCCAGGGUCUGGUGGCAAGACUUGCUCCCAGAUAUUUGAGGAAGCUGGAUGUGACGCACCUGCAAGUCCCACUUGCGGUGCUUGCAUGGGUGGUCCGAAAGACACGCAUGCACGCUUAAAUGAACCUCAGGUAUGCGUCUCGACAACAAACAGGAACUUCCCAGGUCGAAUGGGUCACAAGGAAGGCCAGAUAUAUCUCGCUUCCCCCUAUACGGCUGCUGCGUCAGCUUUGACUGGUUACGUCACCGACCCGAGAGAGUUUUUGCAGUAGGCAGUUUUAUCAUUACAAUCUGAUCAGUGUAUGUCAUCUUUAUAUUCUGCAACUAAAUGCUGUUAGAUAGCAGAGAUUACGGAAUAAUGGGUAUAACAUCCAUCCUGCAAGGUUUUAUGUCUUGUGAUUGUCGGGUAGCUGCCAUAUUGUAUGUGUAAUCGUUUGAGCAUGUUAGAAUGUAUUUAUGAAACGAUGGAAUAAUGAGGGCUUGUCGGUGAA